AUGAGGCUGGCAGAGAUGAAUCAAUUCGGCAUGCAGCAGGGGGGGAAGAGUACUAGCUCCUCUACCACCAAUAUCAAUAUCAAUAAUGUUGUUAGCAACAACAACAACAACGUUAACCACUCCACCAGUAGUAAUGGUACUACUACUACUACUGAUGAUAACGAAUGCGUGGUGAGAGAGCAAGACCGCUUCAUGCCAAUAGCCAAUGUGAUCAGAAUCAUGCGCAAGAUCCUUCCCCCGCAUGCCAAGAUCUCAGACGACGCCAAGGAAACCAUCCAGGAGUGUGUCUCCGAGUACAUCAGCUUCAUCACUGGGGAGGCCAACGAGCGCUGCCAGCGCGAGCAGCGCAAGACCAUCACUGCUGAAGACGUCCUCUGGGCCAUGAGCAAGCUCGGCUUCGACGACUACAUUGAGCCCCUCACCCUCUAUCUCCACCGCUACCGCGAGAUGGAGGGGGAGCGUGGCUGUGGCUCCUCCACCACCUCCGUCAUGAGAAGCGAUACCUCAGUGAAGGGUGCUGCUAGCAGCAGUAGCAGGGCAAUAGAUCAUCACCAGUACUAUGCUGCUGCUGCUGCGGCGGCUGCUUUUCAUCAUCACCAUGGCCAUGCCUUUUUUGGAUACUUAAAGCCAUCCGAUGCCUCCACCUCCACCAAUAAUAAUAUCAAUGCUGCUGCUGCUGCCGCCGCCAUGGCCCCUCUGCCAAAUGGUGAUCACCACCAGCCACAUGCAAAUGAUCGAGCUUAA